AUGGUUGUUGGUGAGGCGGCCGCCGCCGCCGGCAACGAGAUGAGCCUGUCCAACAUGGUGUUGGGCUUCUACGAGGAGGCCGAGAGGGAGAGGUGGCCGGAGGAGGCCGCCUCUACCGCCGGCGAUGGCAGCGACGACGACGACGAAGGGUCCAGCGCCAGCGGCGGGCGCGCCGUGAGCGCGGCGUUCUGGCGGGAGCAGCUACCGCUGCUGCAUGCAGCGCUGGCCAAGACGAGCUCCGCGGAGAGCCGGAUCCGAGCGGACACGGAGGAGGCCGUGGGGCAGAUGCGCGCCACGCCCGGCGGCGUCUGCUCCUGCGCGACCCGCGCGGCCCCGGCCGCGGCCGCGGCCGCAGGAGGCUGCCGGGGCUGCGCGCUCCGCUUCGUCGCCGAGCGGCUGCGCGACGCCGGCUACAACAGCGCCAUCUGCAGGUCCAAGUGGUCCCGCACUCCGGAAAUCCCCUCAGGGGAGCACAGCUACGUGGACGUGGUGGCGCCGACGAGGAGCGGCAAGGCGGUACGCGUGGUGGUCGAGCCCAGCUUCCGCUCCGAGUUCGAGAUGGCGCGGGGCGGCGCAGAGUACAGGGCGCUGGUGGCCGCGCUGCCGGACCUGUUCGUGGACCGCUCGGAGAAGCUGCGGGCCGUCGUCAGGGUCUUGUGCGACGCGGCCAGGCAGUGCACGCACCGAGAGCGGCAUGCACAUGGCGCCCUGGAGGAAGCACCGGUACAUGGAGGCCAAGUGGCUCGGCACGCCGGAGCACGUCGCGCCGGGCGGCGGCACCGGAGCCGGAGCGGCGGCGGCGGCGGUCGUCGGCUCGCCUGA